AUGAUCAGCGCCAAGAAGCUCAUCAAGAUGGCGAGAAAGUGGCAAAAAAUCGCCGCUCGAAGCAGGAGAAGAAUCUCUCUGCCUAGAAACAAUAAGGAUAUUGUGGAUGAUGAAAACUGUACUUCUUCAUUUGUGGUGAAGAAAGGUCAUUUUGUUGUUUACACCACAGAUGAGAAGCGUUUUGUGAUGCCUUUGGCGUAUUUGAAGCACAACAUCUUGCGAGAGCUCUUCAAGAUGUCUGAAGAGGAGUUUGGAGUAUCAAGCGAUGGCCCUAUAAGACUGCCUUGCGACGCUGUUUUCAUGGAAUAUGUGGUCACACUAAUCAAACGAGGCGUAGCAAAAGAUUUCGAGAAAGCGUUGAUUAGAUCCAUGGAAACCGGCCGCUGUUCGUCAUCAGCCUCUUCUUUUCAUCAAGGGCUAACAUUAAGCCAACAAACUCUAGUUUCUGGGUACUAG